AUGACCGGCAGAAACAAGUUAGGCUUCUGGUCCGGCUUCUACGCCGUAGAUGCUGUUUUGGACGACGUAAUCCCCCCUUCUACCCCCAAACAGCCCUGCCUAACCGACAACCCCAAACAACCUCCAAAGUACACUGUUCGAGUCAAUGACACAAAUCCGGUAUUUUACUACUGCUCCGCCCCAGACUCUUGUACGAAACAAGGCAUGGUCGGCGUCAUUAAUCCUAAUGCUAGCACAUUGUUGCAGACCCAGCGGCAGCUGGCUCUCCAAGCAUCCUACCAGCUCUCGCCGGGUGAACCGUUUCCGUUCGAGGCAAAGACGCCCUCGUCAUCUACGCUGCCCGAUGGCAGGACACCACAACAAACAAUGUCGCCCAGUCACGGAGGAGGGAAACUUGGCACCGGCGCCAUCACGGGGAUCGCCAUUGUUUGUGUUAGCGUUGUUCGUCUCGGCGCUUUGCUAGCAUUCUUCUGGGGCCGUCCCAAGGGGUUGAAAGAAGAGGUGAGGAGGAAAGGCAGGACGGUUGUGCGAUCCACUAAGCCGAGAAAUACGUGGUAUCUCACUCACUCUCCUGCACCACAAGCAUGGCCAAGCCCACAAACGCAGCUUUCGCCCCCCUACAUGGAGAAUAACAGCCCAAUGACUAGCCAUGCUGUACCUCCUGCAUAUUACGAGUCGCAGUACGGCAGCUCAUCUACAUCGCCGCAGCAUGUUGGCUUGGAGGUCAACGUCGACCGAAUCUCGCACGUCUCGCGUGCCGCCAGCCACCGCAGCAUGGGCGGGACGUUCGAGUUCUGUCCUAUGACGGGGUACUAUACGUUGACGCACGAUUCCCCAAGCUCAAACUCCCACCUCUACAAGUACAGCCCCCCAACGCGUACGAGCGAUAUGACGAUUCCUGUGGACCCAGGCCUGAUACAACCUAGCGAGCUGCAGAGGGUUGUGAGGUGA